AUGGCCACAAUGGCCUAUGCUGCACCUUUAUGGGCUGCCUUUGCAAACCUUUCACCUUUAGAGUCGCUUCAAAGCCAAUUCUUACGCCGACUUUUAAAACUACCAACAUGCGUAAGUAAUGCGGCUAUUCGCUUAGAAAUGAAGAUCCCCUCAGUGGAGUUAGUUUUAUGGAGGAGAGUUUUGAUUUAUUGGAUAUCCCUAUGGCAUAAACUACCGAACCACUAUCUCAUUCAAUGCAUGUGGCGGGAUGACUUUACAAAUUUGUGGUCAGGAAAAAUCCAUGCCAAAUUGCUGUCCUAUGAGAUCUCGCCCACGGAAUUGCUCAAACUGGAUCUAAACGCGGCAAAAAGGUGUAUAAAUCAAAGGCUGGAUGAUGUGGAGCUAUACCAAAAUUUCUUAGCUGGUGGUGGAGCCUGCUCCCCGUUAAAUCUCGGCAUAACCCCUAUCUAUCGUGCUCCGUCCUACUUAACAUCGCUUAUAGCCGCAUCUCACCGAUAUGCCUUCAUUAGAGCCAGGUUCAAUGUUUUCCCAACAAACGUGCUGAGACAUAGAUUCACUAAGGGCCAAGUCCCUUCAAUGUGUGCUUGUGAAAUGAAAACAUCUGAAUCUUUACAUCAUGUUAUGUUUAUCUGCCCUAUGUACAGUUUAGCUCGCGCUAGUAUACUAAACUCCAUAAUCCAGCCUAUGGCUGACAAACCAGUAGACCUACAGCUUGCCUGGGUUCUUCAAGAUGUAGAUCCUUAUAUUACUCUACAGGUUGCUAAAUUCCUAACAGCCGUUCUCUCGUACAAGAGACGGAAUGGAAUGUUAACUGAUUAUUGA